GUAUGACAGAAGUGUUGAAGGGUGAAAAUCUCCCGGGUGAGCUACCCGAGGUACGCGAGCCACAAGGUGCUGCGUCCAACGACGACUCUGAUGAAGAUUCUCGUUCUGACGACGAUGAAGUUGCGGACGACGGCACCGGUAGAGCUGGAGAGCCCAUAGACGAACUUACACGAGUUCGUCGCGAGAAACGCCUCGCGAUGAACCGCGAGAGUGCACGAACUCGGCGAAAGCGAAAGAAGAUCUUAUUAGAGUCUCUCGAGCAACAAGUGGCAGACCUUAACAAAAGAAAUCAAAGCUAUCGAAUUGCAAAUGAGAAUCUAAAAACUAAGGUGACGCAACUCGAGACCGACCUUGGUAUGGCGCGCUCGACCAUAGCGGUGCUGACCCAACAACCUCGUACGGGCGCUGCGGAACUCGCACCAGGUCGCCCAUUGCCUCAGGGGGAAGUUCUUGGCGCCAACGAGCUCAACCGACAAGACCACUUGCGACGGCUGCUACAAGCUCGAUCUCAGCUGAAUUCUCAACGCGGACCAAUUCCUGCUGCUACUCAACUUGACUUACAGAGUUUUGAACAAGCUAGCCUCCAGCGAGAACGCGCUAUCUUGAAUGCCCUGGGUCAUUUGGAUAGCAACUCAUGUGAUUCCGGCCAUGGGAUGAUUGAGGAUGCUGGUCGUAGAAACUGCUUUACGCGAUAUGGUCCAUGUUCGUUUGCUCAUACGCUUCCUCCCCAGCUUCCUAUUGUGCAGGCUGCUCUUCGUCGCGACCUACGAGUACACGGUGGUGUAUUUCCUUUCAACGUUCCGGGAUUCGAACUCGAUAUGGCUACCCAGAGUCCGCAACGCACCAUAAAUUCCACAACUAGCAUGAUCGAAGAGCUACUUAAGAGACGCGGUGGCCAGAAGUUUUUCCCAGGUGAGGCAAUGAAGGACAUAUCCAGGGAAUUUUAG